UUGUCUUAUGUUUUACACCGUUGAUUAAAUUAAGCUGUAACUUUCAAGGGACUACAAAACUUGAAAUGUCAGUUUGGUUGGUAGUACGACAACUCGCAACUAAAACAAAAGCCUUGGAGGCUAUGCCGUAGAUAUAUGGAAUUGAUAUACCUUGGGCGGUUAGCCUAUUUGGUCAGGUAGUUUUCGAGAUUUGGCAAGUUCUGCUCUACUCUCUAUAUGCGAGACGCCGCAAGUUUGAACCUCCUUAAAUCCCACCCGCUUGAAUGACCGACCAUGGCCUCACUCUAACCCCCCUAGUACGAGACCUGAUGGAUUUAUCUGACGGAUUGACAGAUGGAUUUGAUUGAUUCUUCCCUUUAUAUGCCUAAUCCCCAAUAAUGCAGAACAUCCUUCGCCGAGAAGAUGGAUUGUCGCUUGCAUCUGUUUCCUUGAGUCGUUUUUUUCCCCUUUAGCCUCAUUCCCUCAGCUGUCGUUGUCUAUUUCCUUUUCGCAUUUUCAUUUCCGUUUUCGUUACAUUCUCACUGCAUUCAGUCGUUGGCGGGACCUUCACGCAUAUUUCAUUCUUGUUCUUUGCCUCUCGACUAUCCGUAUGUUUAGUUUGUAAGAAGCCUGUAUUAAGCAAUGUACUUUAUGAAGUCGGUUUUCCUCUUGGCUGCGGCGCGUGUUGUCCUUGCAAAAGUUCAAUUUCUGGGAGUUUCCAUUGCGGGAGGCGAAUUCGGAUGUAAAAAUGAUGGUUCAUGUCCUGUAAACGAGGCCAAACUACCGGACGAUGGAGUUACUCAGAUGUGGCACUUUGUCGGGGAUGACGCCAUCAACAUACUGAGAAUGCCGGUAUCAUGGCAGUUUCUCGUGGGCGAAAAUUUAGGAGGGAAGUUUGAUAGCAACAACUUUAAUGACUACGACCGACUGAUACAGGCCUGCCUCGCUACCGGCGCAUACUGCAUGAUUGAUAUCCACAACUACGGACGAUGGAACGGCAAGAUCAUCGGGCAGGGCGGACCGACGGAUGACCAAUUCGUGAAUCUCUGGCAACAGUUGGCUACGAAGUACUCUGGCAAGGACAAGGUUAUCUUUGAGCUCAUGAACGAGCCUCAUGACGUCGACGUCGAUACGUGGGCAGAAACGUGCCAAAAAGCCGUCACAGCUAUCAGGAAGACGGGUGCAACGAAACAAAUGAUUUUGCUUCCUGCAUCAAAUUUCGAUGGCGUAGCGACACUAACGGGGGACAACGGCGCAGAGCAGCUGCUAGAUAUCACGAACCCUGACGGAUCCAAGGAUAACUUGCUCUUAGAUAUCCAUGCAUACCUGGAUAAGGAUAACACAGGGACCAACAGGCAGUGCACGACGGAUAACACCGAUGCUUUCGGAAACCUUGCCAAGUACCUGAGGAUAAGGGGGAGAAAAGGUCUUGUCAGUCAGACGGGCGCAUCGCAAGAUUCUUCUUGUCUUGAGAUGUUCUGUGCGCAAAAUAAAUUCAUCAACGACAACUCGGACGUCUUUGUCGGUAUAGUUGGUUGGGGCGCUGGUAGUGUCGAGACCUCGGACGUUCUAAGCAUGACACCCACAAGGAAGGAUGGACGUCUAGUGGAUAACCAGCUGAUGUCCCAGUGCCUUGUUGAUACAUGGGCUAAGGCUAAGGAAGUAAUCAAUCCGCCGCAGCCGGAGCCGGAGUCGACAACUCAGAAGUUCGUCCCUACCGGUACUACGGCCUUGACCAGGAGUGUUGUCACCCCACCUCCUCUUACAUCCUCCUCCUCCUCCUCCGAAGAGUUUCACGAACCGAUUGUUACAGUCCACGUACUCUCGGAUAUAAGUAUACUACAGACAGAUAUAAGUAUACUACAGACAGCGUCUGUGCCUCCCGAAUUGACGACAUUGAUAACUGCAGCUGGAUCGCCGAGCGACGAGUCAUACAGCAUCGCAUGGGAAAUACCGACUUCCGUUAAGGGUAGUCCGACACAAGUAGCACCAUCUACGACACCUACAGGAGGUGCCCCGUCGACUAGGGCUAUGUCGAUCUUUCUUUGGAGUUGUGCGUUUCUGCCUCUGCUCUUAUGAUUUCCAAGAUCAUAAGAGUUUUUUCAGAAUCAAAAAUAUCCACAGCCGUAAUCUUUACCUCACAAUUUGCAAGCGUUUAUUUACCUUGGCUUUGAACAACUUUUGACGUUUCGUUGUAUAUAAUUGCAUUGAUGCACUGAUACCAUUAAAACGAUCCGCCAUGGAUUGCUGGCAUAUCAAAAAAAUUUUGUCUUGGAUGAAUUUUAAACUUGCUAAGAUUUGAGAAGUGAAAGAUGAAUUUAUUAAUGUUAUAAAGGAC